AUGGUUGGGCUCUUACGCUCAGCCCCGAGCGAGCUCCCGCACUUGACAACGCAGUUCUUAGAUUUCGAAGACGACAGCGAGCUAACAGCCCGUAGUUUAACAACUGCUGUUUUGCAGUUUGCGGGAGCAUCGUGGCUAAAGAAGGAAGGUAACUAUGCAGACAUGUUACAUACGACUGAGCCUGAGCUCAUUUUCCAGAAGGGUGGCAGGGUCAUGAUUCCGCUAAUGAAGGCGGAGGAGGCUAUGAACAAGCGAUACAACGCGUCUCGGCGGGCCAUCACAUCCAAGGUCCCGGCUACGAGGGCCUGUAUCGGAGAGGGGCCGAUGAAGCGCGGCUACUACGUUCGUGAAGAUCGCACUUUGGAAAGUGCUAGGGAGGCUGAGGGCCCAGAAGUGAGAGUCUCGCACUCUUUCCUGAAGUCUAUCCGGUUCAGCAGGGACGUGUCACUCUUCUUAUCAAUUGGCAAGCCAGAUAGCUCGACAGCAGAUGCAAACAUCAUCCUGCCUGAGGAGGUAGACAACAUCGACCCCGAUAUUGCCCACCGGUAUAUCAUCGACUGGGGAACAGAGGCUGAAGUGGAGGCUCUAGUAGAGCCAGCAGAUACCUUCCCACUGUUUUCCAAGGAGACGGCAUACUGGCUUGUUGGCUUGACAGGGACGUUGGGCUUAUCACUCUGUCAAUGGAUGCUUCAUAAUGGAGCACGCUAUAUUGUUCUCACAAGUCGGAACCCCAAAAUUGAGCCAGACUGGCUAAAGACAAUGGCUUCUCAACAGGCUAUCAUCAAAGUUACUUCAUGCGAUAUCACUAUCAUGCAGGACCUGCAGAAGACGUAUGAAGAUAUAUGCUCGACCAUGCCCCCCAUUAGAGGUGUAUUCCAAGGCAGUAUGGUGCUUAAUGAUAUUGGGUUGCCUAGCAUGGGCCUCGAGCAUUUGCAAACCGUCUUGCGACCCAAGGUUGAGGGAAGUAUAAAUCUCGACAAGCUUUUCCAAGACAACUCACUAGACUUCUUCAUCUUUUUCUCGUCCGUGACGUCCUUAGUUGGCACGCUAUAUAAUUAUUAUAAGCCCAGCCUCUUUAUUUUAUUUGGAAAUAAAAGAUCGCUAACCUAG